CCCUGUCGCAGGCAGCCCAUCCUCUGCAGGGCGCGGUCUCUCAUUGGUCCGGCGAGCCGACCAAUCAGCAGCCGGGGAGGCUUGCGGAAAGCACCGCCGCGUACACGUGCAGUGUGUACACAGGAAAUCAAGGCUGCGCAGAGCUGCUGUGCAAGCACUUAUAAACUAGACAAUAACAUAUACAGCGGUAUGCAUUUAUGCUACGGAUGAUCAGACCGGUGACGGAAAUGAAACGUCAUCUCAGGUGGCCUUUAACACCUAGAGCAACACAUCUCCGAAGAGGCGAGAAGACCAGAUACAGAGUGUUUUUUGCUCUCACGAGAGCUGUUUUUCUCACUCUCCCUCACAAUCUCUCAUGCCAUCUGUUGGAGCCAAGGCUGUUUCAUAAGCAGAAAUUCAUCUCUUAUCUGCACAACUUUGAGUGACACUUUUUCUCAAGAUAAUUAAAGAUAAUUGCUGUCUUUUUGAAAAAGGCAGCCUUUGCUUUUUGGUCAUUUGCAGUAUUUUUAAAACAGUUUUGAAAAUCUGCACUCUUUGAAAACCCAAAUAGAAGGGCUCACAACCCAAAACUCUUUAAUUUAACAGCUUUUUUGCAGGAGAAGCAAUGAAUUUCUCUCCUUAGUUCUUUUAAUCAACCAACAACAACUAUGAUUCACCUGUGUAUACAUAGUAGUCCCACUUAAAUUAAAGUCAUUCCUAUUUUCGCCUUGGCUGACACGUUAAUCAAGCUGUUCCAGCCUCAUCCUACUCUAGUAUGAGUUAUGACAACUCUAAAUCAACGCCCAGCAGCAGCACUCGGGGACGGGUGGCAAGGGCCAAAGAGAAAGACAAUGACCAGGAAGCAGAGUCCGAAGGGUUAAACUCUCUGAAAACCAGCAAUGGUCAGCCCAGUGCCAAUGUCACCACUCAGGAGCAGGGGCGUGGAGCUGGAGGCGGCUCAUCUCCUAGUGGAGGGUCAGGAUCUGAAGGUUCGCCCGGAGGCCGAAGGGGGCCCAACUCCGAUGAUAUGGACGGACUCUCCAGCGGGAACGACUCCGGGGAGAGGGAAAGCGAGAGCGGGAUGGAGAGAGAGAAUGGGUCACGUGGGCGCCAGUCCAUACGCAGCUCCCACAGCUCAUCAAACGGCAAGGACUCUGGCAUGAUGCUGGAAACCACUGAGAGCAACAAGAGCUCCAACUCCCAGAGCCUCUCACCUCCCAGCGGCUCCCUGGCCUACAGCCUGCUGUCCACCAGCUCGGAGCAUGACCCCCCCUCCACCUCUGGCUGCAGCAGCGACCAGUCGGCGAGGGUCCAGUCCCAGAAAGAACUGAUGAAGGCCAUCAAGGAGCUGAAGCUCCGCCUACCAGCUGAGCGCAAGGCCAAGGGCCACGCCAGCACUCUAAAUGCACUCAAAUACGCACUUCAGUGUGUCAAACAAGUCCGAGCCAAUAAGGAGUACUAUCAUCAGUGGAGUGUAGAGGAGUGCCAGGGCUGUAGUCUGGACUUGUCUACCUUCACAAUUGAGGAGCUUGACAACAUCACCUCAGAAUACACCCUCAAAAACACUGACACUUUCUCCAUGGCUGUGUCAUUCUUGUCCGGGAAGGUCGUGUACGUGUCACCCCAGGGCUCGUCCCUGCUGCGCUGUAAGCCCGAGUGUCUCCAGGGGACUAUGUUUUCUGAGCUUUUGGCCCCACAGGAUGUCAGUACUUUCUACAGUGGCACAGCACCCUGCCGUCUGCCAACCUGGGCCUCCUGCAUUGGGUCAGCCUCUCCUCCAGUCGAUUGCACUCAGGAAAAGUCCAUGUUUUGUCGAAUCAGCGCCGACCGGACACAGGGCCGUGAGAUGCGCUACUACCCCUUUCGCCUCACGCCCUACCAGCUCACCAUCAGAGACUCAGACGCUGCUGAGCCACAGCCCUGCUGCCUGCUCAUCGCAGAGAGGGUCCACUCCGGAUACGAGGCUCCUCGUAUCCCUGCAGACAAGAGGAUCUUCACCACCAGUCACACUCCCAGCUGCCUCUUCCAGGAAGUUGACGAGAGGGCAGUGCCAUUGUUGGGCUACCUGCCUCAGGACUUGGUGGGAACCCCCACUCUGCUCUAUAUCCACCCUGAAGACCGGCCCAUGAUGGUGGCCAUACAUGAGAAGAUCUUUCAGUUUGCAGGGCAGCCGUUUGAAUAUUCACCCUUGAGGAUGUGUGCCCGCAGCGGGGAGUAUCUGACCAUCGACACCAGCUGGUCUUCCUUUGUCAACCCCUGGAGCCGCAAGGUGGCAUUCAUCGUUGGGCGCCACAAAGUCAGAACGAGCCCUCUGAACGAAGACGUGUUCACGACACCGCAGGGCUGCGAGAGUCGGGUCACCACGCCCGACGUCGUCCAGCUGAGUGAGCAGAUCCACCGGGUCCUGGUGCAGCCGGUGCACAGUGGCAGCUCUCAGGGCUACAGCUCGCUCGGGUCCAGUGGCUCGCGAGGCUCCCGGCGGUCACACCAACAACACCUCAGCGCCUCAGCCGCCUCGUCCAGCGACAGCAACAGCCCCGCCAUGGACGAGGCUGCCGCUGUACACAAACCUAUGACGUUCCAGCAGAUCUGUAAAGAUGUUCACAUGGUCAAGACUAAUGGACAGCAGAUAUUUAUCGAGUCCCGUAACCGGCCACCGCCAAGAAAAAACAACAGCACAGGCCCAACAAGCAUCAGAGCCAUCACUAGUGACCCAAUCAGAGGUUUGAUAGCUGACCUGACGAAACCACCCAAAGCUUUGGUCCCUGCACCGUUUGUACAGAAGGAGCCCCCAACCGGCUACUCCUACCAGCAGAUCAACUGUCUGGACAGCAUCAUAAGGUACUUAGACAGCUGUAACAUUCCUAACACGGUUAAAAGGAAGUGUGGCUCCUCAUCCUGUACUUCCACAUCUGAUGACGACAAACAGCAGGAGGCCAGCGGCAACAACAACGGUGGUUCAGUUAGCCUCGUAGGUGAACCACCUUCUCUGCCCCCACUGACCUUGGCCACAAAGGCAGAGAGUGUAGCCUCAGUUACGUCCCAGUGUAGCUUCAGCAGCACCAUCGUGCAUGUGGGAGACAAGAAGCCUCCUGAGUCAGACAUCAUCAUGGAGGAGGCUCCUACAACUCCCACACUUGCUCCUCCUACAAUUACACCAAUUCGUCCCACUAGCACAGCGAUUACCCCUCCUCUGCCUCCCCCUACCCCUCUCCCUCAAGCCACUCAGCCGGACAGGGACAGCCGGAGAAGUGGAAGUGUAGGAGGAGGUGGAGGAGGUCGGAUGGGUCUGACAAAGGAGGUGCUAUCCGCCCACACCCAGCAGGAGGAGCAGGCGUUCCUUGACCGCUUUAAGGACCUCAGCAAGCUGCGUGUUUUCGAUCAGACGGCAUCUUCGAAUCUGCGCUGCCACACGGCAGCUGCCAACCCUCUAUCACGAGGAGUGCGUUGUUCUCGUGAUUACCCAGCCGCAGGAAGCAGCAAUGGUCAGAGGCGUGGUCGCGGCGGUAAGAGACUCAAGCACCAGGAGUCAUCUGACCAGCACAGCUCUCUCGGCCUGAGCGGGUGCCGGCAUGACCCCAGAACCAGCACAGUUCCCAUGCCCCUCAACAUGCCUCUCGGACCCCCAACAAACUCAUCCUCCUGGCCAUCUGUAGGCUCCCAGGCCAGCAUUCCCUCUGCCCCUUUCGCUCCUGGUAUGCUUCCAAUCUACCCUGUUUACCCACCGCUCGCACAGCCCUUCCCCCAGCCCGUCCCAGAUCCAUCACGUUUCCCACCUACCCAGAUGGUACCUCCCAUGAUGGCCCUCGUUUUGCCCAACUACAUGUUCCCCCAGAUGGGAGCACCCAUCUCUCAUCCAGGCGCAACCCCAGGACACUUCUACAAUCCUAACUUCACAUACCCCGUCGCCACCCCAGCUGCUGUCCCCACUGUUCUUUCCAACCCUGUGACCAUUCCAGGCACCUGCGCCCCGUCUCGUAGCAGCACCCCCCAGUCCUACAGUCAGACACCAGCUGAUCGUGAGGGUGCAGAGUCCCCCCUCUUCCAGUCCCGAUGCUCCUCUCCUCUCAACCUGUUGCAGCUGGAGGAAUUACCAAGUAACCGGUUAGAGGUCGCCACGGCCCUGGCAGCAUCACAGCAAGCCACACCUUCUGUGCAGGGCAGUGCGGCCGGGGGACAGAGUUCAGCCAAUCAGGGGAGCUCUGAUGAUACCUCCAAAGAGAAUGAGAACGGUGAAACAAAUGAGUCCAACCAAGAUGCCACAUCCACCUCCAGCGACCUGCUGGAUCUGUUGCUGCAGGAAGACUCCCGCUCAGGCACCGGCUCAGCCGCCUCUGGUUCAGGGUCCUCAGGCACAAGAUCCUCUGGUUCAGGCUCGGGCUCCAAUGGCUGCAGCUCCUCUGGCACCAGCGGCACCAGCAGCAGCCAGGGCAGCCACACCAGCAAGUACUUUGGCAGUAUCGACUCAUCAGAGAACGAUCAUUCCCGCAAACAGCCAGCAGGGGGCAGCAGUAGUGCCGGAGGAGAUGGUGGCGAGGAGCAGUUCAUCAAGUGUGUCCUGCAGGACCCCAUCUGGCUGCUGAUGGCCAACACUGACGACAAGGUCAUGAUGACCUAUCAGCUGCCUGACAGGGACAUCGAGACUGUGCUGCGAGAGGACCGCGAGGCCUUGAGGAGCAUGCAGAAACACCAGCCACGCUUCACCGAGGAACAGAAGAGGGAGUUGAGCCAGGUGCACCCCUGGAUCCGCACAGGACGCCUGCCCCGAGCCAUCAACAUCUCUGGCUGUACAGGCUGCAAGUCUCCCCCCUCUGUGCCUCCUGCCGCUCCGUUCGAUGUGGAGAUCCACGAGAUGGAGCUGUGCAAUGUGCUGAAAGCUCAGGAGGAGGGUGCCAGCAAGGAGAAGAAACAUGUUUCAGAGACAGCCAUGGAUGAAGCUCACCCAGAGGGUGAAGAUGAAGAAGAAGAGGUAGAAGAGAAAGGAACCAAAACACAAGACAGCAAUCAAGACAUGCCAGCAGAGGAGCAGAGAGUUACCUCAGAAGCUGUGCAAGAAAAGGCGUCAGAGUGUCACAUGGCUCACUAAGAAGGUGGCCAAAGAUAAAGAACACUAUCAUGAUCUUUCUACAGUGAUAUGCAGAAAAUGUGCACUUUCCAGGACUUGGUGCCCAAAACAUCAUUACACAGGGUGUAAGUUGUUAAAAUUGGAUUUUCUGGGACAUUAAAAAGGUGCUUAUUGAUCGAGACAACUUCCAUUUAUUGUUUGACAGGUCAGGCAGGACACUAGGCCCUGUUAAUUCUCUAUGAAGUCCGACGUUGAUGACAGCACACCAGGCAUGUUGUAUGACUGCAUAUUAAAUGCCUUGGAAACCACAUGACAUGCACACUCAGUUUUAGAGAGUGAAUUACUACUCCCCCCCACCCCCUGUUCUUGACAUAUUUAUUUAAGUUGUAAGAUAAUCAGAGAAGGACUAUGGCGAAUGUGUUACAAAAACGGAGCCUUUACAUAAAGAUGGAUGUUCUUCACCACAGUGUCCUCCUUGAUGUUUGCAUCUCUCCUGUUCAGGGUUCAGCUCAUGAAGAAAGAAGUUUAUCUGUGACUUUUCUUCUUGUUGAAUGUUUCCUAGGUUGUUUGGGGUCCUGCUCCCACCUACGACUUUAGUUUUUUUAUGUAAAAGGUUUGCCCUGACUAAAGAAGAAUCUACUUUCACCCAAUAGACAAAGUGUACAUUGAGAACCAGGUUUAUUUUGUAAACAUUGUGUAUAUUUUUAUACUUUCAUCCACUGAAAAUAGAGAGAGGAUUAAUGCCCAAAAGAGUGUCCAUAUUCUAAUAUGUUAAAAUCAAGGAUGGAAAUCUUACCCGACAGAAAAAACAAUCACUUCACAGUCUCUGAAACGAAGAUGGUGUUUCUCAUGACAGUGAUCUAGUUGCUUUAUUUCAGUGACGUACAGUUAACCGUGGGGAAGCGUGGGAAUCGCCAAGAGACUGACCUGGACUUUUAAGGUUUCUCUUCGGCCAGGCAUUAGUUUGCAUUCAUGAGAAAUGAACAAUGCCUCUCUGAGAAAUGAUUCUCACAAACAUUACCGACAGUAUUUCCCAAACUGCUAGCAGGAGGGAGAGCUUUUGUGCUGCCAGUGCUUGCUCAUGGUGGUAAGUGGAAAGAGGUGGACUGAACUCUUUAAAAAGCAGUCUUGAGAGUUUGGAGAGUGUUUUACUAUCUUCUCUUGUCCCUUUCUCUUCCUCUCUGUGGCACUGUUCUGGUCAUGUGAUAUCCUAUGCUUAAUGGCGUCAGUUGUGUCUGUAACAGUUUCUAAAUAUUUUUGUGAAAUUAAAAGUUUGUACAAAAAAAGACAAUAAAACAUCAAAAGCC